CAUGUUGUCGGGCGUCUGAUCAAAGUCUGUCCAAUCCGAGGCAUGUGGUGACCUCGUUGUUUUGUAGAUGCAGAUUACACGUAGUGAAAAAUGUGACAAACUCAUUUAGCAAGAAAGCUAUCGGCUGCAAUAUUGCGAUAAUCCUAAAACUUGCAGUUGUGGUGUUGACAUUUCGUCAUCUGUCAUUACUUUCUUAGUGGUUCUACAAUGGCGUCGUCUGCUGUCAUGUACUCAACCAUAGGAAAUGUAGCCGUGCUGACAAUGAACAAGCCACCAGUCAAUCCACUGAGUCAUGGUGUACGUCAGGGUUUGUUGGACGGCAUACAGCGGGCAGGGAAAGACUCCUCUGUCAACUCUGUCAUCAUCACUGGAGCUGGCCAGGCUUUCUGUGGAGGGGCUGACAUUACAGAAUUUUCUGGGCAAUUAAAACGACCAGGAAUUGUAGAUGUUGGGAAUGUUAUAGAGGCCUCUGACAAACCAGUUGUGGCAGCAAUUCAUGGGUAUGCAUUUGGAGGUGGACUAGAGGUGGCACUGUUCUGUCACUAUAGGGUCGCCACUAAAUCUGCCAGAGUUGGCUUUCCCGAGGUUCAGUUGGGGAUCCUGCCUGGAGCUGCCGGCACUCAGAGACUGCCCAGAGUCACCUCUCUGGCAGUUGCCAUGGAAAUGAUUGCCUUUGGUAAACCAGUGACUGCUUAUGAUGCGGUCAAAUGUGGAAUUCUUGAUAAGAUUGUGGAUGGUGACAUAGUGGCAGAAGCUGUCAAGUUUUUAGCAGUUUUCCACAACCGCGAUCUGUCGACUAGGCGCCUAAGCAAGCUGCCAGUGAAAGAUACAGAAAAGAAGGACGCAUUAUUUGAACAGGCCCUGAUCCAAGUUAACAGAAAAUGCAAAGGAUUUAUUGCACCCAUUUAUUGCUUAAAGGCCGUGAAGAAUGCAGUGGAAUACCCUUAUGCCGAGGGCUUGAGGAUGGAGCGUGAGCUGAUUGCCCAACUGAUGGGAUCAGGGCAGUCUAAAGCUCUACGGUACGCGUUCUUCAGUGAAAGGAAUGUUGCCAAGUGGCGGCUUCCCUCAGGUGAGAAUCACAAAACAGCCAAAGCUAAUCCAGUCAGAACUGUGGCUGUUGUCGGUGCUGGCACCAUGGGAACUGGAAUUGCUGUGGCACUGAUCACUGCUGGCUUUGACACCUUUAUCAUUGACCAGAAUGCCAAGCUAGUGAUGCGAGGGGCAGAGACAGUGCGUUCACUGAUAGAAGGAGGGGUGAAACUGGGGAAAAGAUCUGUCCAGGAAGCGAAGGCUGCCUUAUCUUUGCUGAAGCCAGUGACCUCAUUGGACGAGGUCAGAGAUGUGGAUCUGGUCAUCGAGGCCGUGUUUGAGAACAUGGCAGUGAAACAGGAGAUGUUCAAGAAACUGGAUGCUGUCUGUAAACCGCAAACGGUGCUGUGUUCUAACACAUCAACACUCGACAUUGAUGCAAUUGCUUCUGUGACCAAACGACCUGACAAGGUGAUUGGUUGUCAUUUCUUUGUCCCGGCCUAUCACAUGAGACUUUUGGAGAAUAUUUAUGGUUCCAAAACGUCAGCAUCGACUGUAGCGACAGCCAUGGAACUGGGGAAGAGAUUAAACAAGGUGACAGUUCUGGUGGGGAACUGUCAUGGCUUCUGUGCUAACAGACUUCAUGGAUUGAUGGGAACAGAGUCACAGUUCAUGGUGGAGGAGGGAGCCAGCCCAGAGCAGGUAGACCAGGUACAUGAGGACUUUGGGUUCCCCAUGGGAGGCUUCAAAGUAUCGGAUCUGUCAGGCCUGGACAUCGGCUGGAACAUUCGACAAGAGCUUCUGAAACAGGGCGGGAUAAAGCUGAAGCCUGGGGAGAGGAUCAGCCAUCUGAGGGGGCGGAGAUUCUGUACCCUGGGGGACCAGCUCUAUGAGAAAGGUCGAUUAGGGAGGAAAACAGGAAAGGGUUGGUACAGGUACGGCGAACCUGGAGCAAAGAUCCCUUACGUGGACGACGAAGUUACGGAUAUUAUCAAGAAACACUGCCAGGAGGUCGGGAUCGAACGAAGAGCUAUCCCCACACAGGAAAUCCUAGAGCGUAGCCUGUAUCCUGUGAUUAAUGAAGGAUUCCGUCUCCUUGAGGAGAAAAUCGUGUCCUGCCCAGAUGAAAUCGACAUGUGCUGGCUGCACGGAUUUGGAUUUCCUCGUUACCAUGGAGGACCUAUGUUCUACGCAGAACAAAUUGGCCUGAGGAGAAUUUAUGAUAAAGUAUGCUUCUACCAGAAGAUGCAUCCCACUGUAGAACACUGGCAGCCAAGUGAGCUGCUCAAACGAUUGGCUGAUGGGAAUGUACCUAUGAAACAGUGGUCCAAUGAACUGCCUCCAUCCAAUCAGCAAGCUCUGAGCAAACUGUAAACCAAGCAUGGUGUGGAGCUACAGAACAGAUCACAGUAUCAGAUGAAGUUUUCCUCACUGAUUUGUUCUUAUACAGUUUUGAAGAGUGGGGUGGGACU